CCAACAUGACCGGAAGUAAGAUACACGUCGAGAAUCCUGUAGUUGAGCUCGAUGGUGACGAGAUGACGAGGAUUAUUUGGGCCUGGAUCAAGGAGAAGCUCAUCCUACCUUAUCUUGAUAUUGAUAUCAAAUACUAUGAUCUAUCUAUCGAGCAUCGUGAUGCUACUGAUGAUCAAGUUACUGUUGAUGCGGCUAAUGCUAUUAAAGAGUAUAAUGUUGGUAUCAAGUGUGCUACUAUCACACCAGAUGAGGCCCGUGUGAAGGAGUUCAACUUGAAGAAGAUGUGGAGGUCUCCCAAUGGUACCAUCAGGAACAUCCUCGACGGCACCAUCUUCCGAGCACCAAUCCUCUGCAAGAACGUACCCAGAUUGGUUCCUGGUUGGACCGAGCAGAUAAUCAUCGGUCGUCAUGGUCAUGGUGAUCAGUACAAGGCGACUGAUGCUGUUGCCGGUCCUGGUAAGUUCACAGUUACUUAUACUCCGGCUGGUGCGAGUGAGCCUGUGACCCAACAAGUGUUCGAGUUCAAGGAUGGUGGAGGAGUCCUUAUGGGCAUGUACAAUACUGACAAGUCAAUCUAUGGUUUUGCUCGUUCCUGUUUCAUCUACGCCCUCGACAUGAAGAUGCCACUUUACCUUUCUACUAAGAAUACCAUCCUCAAGAAGUAUGAUGGCCGGUUCAAAGACAUUUUCCAGGAGAUGUACGAUAAGGAGUAUAAGGUCAAGUUCGAGGAGGUCGGCAUUUGGUAUGAGCAUAGGCUUAUCGACGAUAUGGUGGCCCAGGCGAUCAAGUCGUCUGGUGGUUUCGUUUGGGCCUGUAAGAACUACGAUGGUGAUGUCCAGUCGGAUAUCGUCGCUCAAGGAUAUGGUUCAUUGGGGAUGAUGACGUCAGUUCUGGUCUGUCCCGACGGUAAGACCAUCGAGGCCGAGGCUGCUCAUGGUACCGUCACUCGGCACUAUCGUCAACAUCAGAAGGGUCUCAAGACGUCUACUAACCCCAUUGCUUCCAUCUUCGCCUGGACUCGAGGCUUGUCCCAUCGUGCCAAGCUGGAUGGUAACGAGCAGUUGGCUCGCUUCAGUCAAGCUCUCGAGCACGUCUGCGUUGAGACCGUCGAGAGUGGUGCUAUGACGAAGGACUUGGCCUUAUGCGUUUACGGUUGCAGCCCAAGCGAGCUCAGAGAGGAACAGUACCUUACUUCUGAAGAUUUCAUGGAUAUUUUAGCUAGGAACCUCGAGCGGAAGAUGGAUACCUUCCAGUGAUUAUAGCAGUAUGAUCUACUGUGGACGAGAGCAUAUGUCGGUCAAGUCUGUUGGUUCAAUUUUUUUGUUACAUUUGACGGUUUUUUCAAGGGGCAUCCGUGACCUGU